AAAAUAUUUCCGGUUUUGCAAGUUUUAUUCCAAGUUUCAUGGAUUCUGUUUUUAUAAAAUAUUUCACGUAUCAGUUUAUUUUUCGAAGAAAUUAACCUUGCAUAAGUAGUACAUGACAGGAACAGAAUGAGAAGUUGACGCCCUGCACAUAUAACAGAUGGAGGGAGUCCUUGCUGUGCUCCGGCCCAAACCUGGGGUCACUGGGUUAGAGUACCGGGCACGCUGUUACGACAUUUUGCUCCUCGACAGCAAGACGCCCCCUGGUGAUAAAGUCCGGCCGGCUAAAUAUCUUCCGAUGUUUUUUCUCAAAGUUGUCGACGAGGAACCGAGAGAAAUCGUUUUGAGUCAGCUGUACAAGAUAACUGGGGGUGACCAUGGACCGGGUAUCAAAGGUGAACGUGCCGUUUCGAUCAACUGGAGUCACUUGACUGAUUAUGAUUAUCGGAGAGGGUCUCUGUCUCGCUUUUCUUUGUUCUGUGUUCCAGUCAAUCCCCUAGAUAAGCUGAAUCGUCGGUUUGUUGAACAGGCACAGACGAGUCCUGGCUUCUACUCUCUGGACUAUGUGAUAGAGGUGUUGAACAAUGGAUCGGUCAACUUUCCAACUCCAACAAAAUCACUGCUGCUCCUGCUGGAGAGUUGGCUUCGAGCGAAACACUUCCAGCAAAGUGCGGUGGAGAGUUUGUUCUGUUCACGAGCCGAGUACCGAAUCCACCUGACGGUACACAACCCUGCGUUCAUCCCGAGUCGAAUAGCCAUGGAGGAGGAGGUGGCGAACCUACCGCCCGAAAUACAGCUCACGGCAAACGAAGCACUCGCCAAAAUGAUGUCCAUCGAGAAGUGCGAUAUUGUCGUCAUGAAUUCACUGUUUGGUACUGGGUUACCAUACAAAACUAAGACAAAUAAACAUGUGGAGAAUCCUCAUUGGCCGAUGGUUCCUGACUAUAACAAGAUAACCAUUCCCGAUCCGUUGAACACGGCAGUCCAGCCAGGCUGGAGGGAGAAGUACCCGCUACAUUCCAGUGCGGCAGAAGGCGACAUUACCCGAAUAAACGAGCUCAUUGGCAAGGGACUUCAACAUGACAAGAAAGACUCCAUCUCGUGGGCACCCAUCCAUUAUGCUGCUUGGUAUGAACAGUCUGUGGCUGUGUCGGCCCUGCUCAAUGCUGGUUGUUCUCCCAAUCUGGCCGACAGGGAGGCCAUGACUCCCCUGCACAUGGCAGCCAAGAAAGGAAACCUGCAGGUGGCCAAGGUUCUACUCAGGAACCGAGGCAUCGACGUGAACGCCCGCGACAAAGAGGGACAGACGGCUCUGGAUAUCUGCGGCACGUUUUCCGGCCGGACGUGGAAACACGAGGAGGUUGCAACUCUCAUCCGACACUCAUACGACUCUCCCUAUUUUGAAAUCUUGGAGGUGUUUCUGAUGGACGGUGAAUCUCACAAACUGACGUGUGACGAGGAAACUGAAGUACAUCAGCUCAACAAACAGAUGAUGGAUGAGCUGGGAAUGCCUUAUGAACCGUAUUCCGAUAUAUUCACCAUUUGGAUCUGCUCAAAAAGUCUAGAGCUCCAGCUGAAGCCGGAACACAAGCCGACGACUCACAUGAACAACUGGCAGGCCCGCACCAUACGCAUGCUGACCGACGCCAAUCCCGUGACCGAGACGCCCAUGCUCAAGUGGAGACGGAAUGCCAAGAUGAGCAUACAGACGGAGAAACAGCUGCUGCACCCACGCGCCAUCGACCUGCUGUUCCACGAGGCCCACCACAACUACAUCAGCGCCCUCUACCCAUGUUCUGACCAGGAUGCCAUCAACUUCGCCGCCAUGCUGCUGCGGCUGAAACACGGAAACCUGGAGAGCAGCCAGGCCAAAGCAUUUCUGUCAAAGGAGAAGAAUCUUCAUGAUCUUUUACCAUCCCCUCUGUUGUCAUCUAAAGGUCACGGUCACUGGUCAAGUAAAAUUGUCAAGGAGUUCAACAACAAAUAUCAUGGCAAAGAUCUGACCCCUGCUACCCUGAAAAGACAGUUUUUAUCUCAGUGUCAGAAUCUGACUGUUUAUGGGUCAGCGUUCUUCACCGGCAGCCUCAUCAAAGAUUCCAGUAGGGGAUCCCGACCGGUCCGUUGCCACAUAGGAGUGAACGAUGUUGGCAUUCAUAUCAUUGAUGAAGAAACGAAGAAACGCCUCUCAACGUACCGGUAUUCCGAGAUCGAGUGGAAGCACGUGCAGGAGUAUUCGAUGUUGGAGGUUCGUGUACAUGUGUCCUGGCCGGACAAGAAACUGGGCCACAACUCACCAGCCAUUGUCAUGAAGCUGAGGUCAAAACAGGCGGGACUUAUCAACUACUUGAUGAGGAAACUAGCAGAGAUGCAUGAACUCAUGAGCUUGUACACAAGGGACAUCUGAGUGAUGGGGAUAAACUCCACCCACCUGGCAGUGAAACUUAACCCACGUGUCAGUGAAACAAACUCCACCCACGUGUCAGUAAAACUCCACCCAUAUGUCGGUUAAACUCCACCCAUGUCAGUGAAACUCCACCCAUAUGUGUCAGUAAAACUCCACUGGCAUCAGAAAACAAAACAAAUUAAAAAAGAAAAACAAACUGUUCGUGUGUCAAUCAGACGAAAUCUCCACCUCACUGUGAACAAAGACUCCACCCAUGUGCCAGUUAGGAAAUAUUUUUUUAUCCAUCAACAAAAAAUACGCUCAUGUGUCAGUCAGACAAAAUUCCCUCCCACUUACCUGUGAACAAUAAUUCUAUCCUUGUGUCAAUCAGAAGAAAAGUCCACCUCCCUGUGAGCACAAACUCCACCCAUGUGUCAACCAAGACAAAAUUCCUCCCUCCCACUUUCCAGUUGACAAUAAACUCCACCUGUAUGUUAAUCAGAAAACUAAAUCUACUCAUGUCUCAAUCAGACAAAGUCUCCACCUCCCUGUGAAGAAAAACUAUGUUAGUUACAAAAAAAAUCCACCCACUUGUUAAGAAAACCGCCAUCCUUGAGUUAAUAAAAAACAAAAAAACACCAAAACAAAAACCCCUCUACUUUGUGUAAGUCCGAUAAACUUCCCAUUUACUUGUGAACAAAAUCUCCAAACUCCACCCAUGUGUCAAUCAAAAUUCCAUCCCAUCUGCUUGUGUCACUCGGAAAACAAACCAACAAAACCCCCCAAAACAAAAUAACUAUUAAAUAACCGACAAAAAAUAAAUGUCCCCCCCCAACCUCCCAACUCCACCCCCCCCCCCCCCCCCCAACAACAUAAAAAUAAAAAUCCACCUACCUUUUUACAAAAACUUCACUCAUGUGUCAAUUAGAAUCAAAAAACAUGUCACCUGUCUGUCAGUCAGAAAACUCCACCUCCCUACCUCACUACCUGUCAAUUAAACCACAACCUCCCUGUCAUUGGGGGAAAAACCACAACUUACCUGUCGAUCAGAAACAGACUCGUUAUCCAUGUCAGUUGGGAAAAAGACACAACCUAACUUUUGGGAUCUCUCUCAGACUCCCCCAACCCCCUAAAACAAAACACCCAAAAAACUUUCACCAGGUGUUGAUAGAAAAAAACACAAAAAACAACCUACCUAUAUGAUGGAUGUGUGGGUUUUUUUGUUUUGUUUUUAGCUUUUUACAUCAUUUUUUAUUAUUAUUUAUAUUUUUUCAUAUGCGUUCAGUGUGUAAUUUUAAAUGUGGAAUACAACAUUACACAGGUGCAGUGUUUAAUAUGUGAUGUUAUAUUCAGUGUGUAAUGUUAAAUGUGGAAUACAACAUUACACAGGUGCAGUGUUUAAUAUGUGAAGUUAUAUUUAGUGUGUAAAGUCAUACAUGUAUGUACCGGUAUGUAUGUGUAGUGUAAUUUGUUAAAAGUGUAACUUCAAAUUACAAAAUAGUGUGUAAAUGCACAUUAAAUGUCUGAUGUAAUUUGUUUAAAAGUGUAACUUUUAAUUGUAUAAUAUUAUGUAAGAUCACAUUAAAUGUUGAAUGUGAAUUGUAAAAGUAACUUCUAAUUACAAAAUAGUAUAUAAAUGCACAUUAAAUGUCUGAUGUAAUUUGUUUAAAAGUGUAACUUUUAAUUGCAUAAUAUUAUGUAAAAUCACAUUAAAUGUUGAAUGUGAUUUUGUAAAAGUAACUUUAAAUUACAAAAUAUUAUGUAAAUGCACAUUAAAUUGCCUGAUGUGAUUUGUUAACUAUGUAACUUCUCAUUACAUAACGUCAGGUAUAAUAACAUUAAAUUUCCUGAUGUGAUUUGUCAACUAUGUAACUUCUCAUUACAUAAUGUCAUGUAUAAUAACAUUAAAUGUCCAAUGUGAUUUUGGUAAAAGUAACUUCUGAUUACAUAAUAUUUUGUCAGUUAACAUGUUGAACAUUGACAUAUAUGGCCAACUUUACAAAGUGUUUUUGUCUUACACAUAUAUAAUAAAAUACAUUUACAACGCUUAAACACCUGCGUUUAUGAAAAACAGGCUUUGUAAAUUUGGUGCAAAAUGUAAUUUGUUAACUUCUAAUUACAGUGGAUUACAUUAAUGUAAUUUGUAACUUCUAAUUACAAUAGAUUACAUUAAUGUAAUUUGUUAACUUCUAAUUACAAUAAAUUACAUUAUUGUAAUUUGUUAUAAGUAUGACUUUAGAUUAGACAAUUUGUUUGUAACUUCUAAUUACCAUACAUAAUAUUGUUUAAAUUCACAUCUUAUUGGCGUCGUGGUUAGUCCAUCGGUCUACAGGCUGGUAGGUAUUGGGUUCGGAUCCCA